AUGAGUUCCAAUACCUGCGCUCUCGCCGGCUGCUUUGCCGCUGUCUGGGUCGAUCGCAAUGGCGUACCGUCACAAUAUUGCUCUCGCUCGCAUAUGAGUGCGGCAACUCAGCAUCCUCCGCAAUCUCAGCAAUCUCAGCUCUGCAAGAAUUGCGGAGUCAAGCCCGUCUUUGUGGAGAAUGGCAAAGGUCAGUUCCUGCCAGUGUUCUGCACAGUGAAGAUGUGCCAAUUCGUACCGUCCGAGUCUAAACAGUGGGCACCAUCAGAGCCAGGGCGACAUGUGUCUUCUCGCCGGUUCUUCUCGAAGUGUCAUCGUCACAUGAGCAAUUUAAAAGUGUUCUACGAGCAGUGGAAGCAUCCAAACAAGAAGCGGCCGGAAGUGGUCAAGGUGUACAAAGUAUACCCUCAGAACAGUCAUAUGCAGCGGUUUCAAGCCUACAAAGCGAGAGUGCCGGACAACUCCAGAAGACGCUGGCAUGGAACAACUCGCCGCUGCCGCAUUGGCGACAGCGCACAAAAUCUCAACUUUUGCUUUAACGCACAGUGUGCGAUGUGUAACAUUCUACAGACUUCGUUCGAUUUGUCGAGAGCAGCGCGGGGCCCCGGCAGCUACCAGCGAUUCGGCGCGGUCGACUACAUCGACGAAGCGGGAGGCUCAAGCUACCGGGCAAUGAUCCUCACUGAUGUGACUAUGGGCAAGGCGGCUAAGCUCCGCAGUGAGGACAGGACUCUUACUCAGGCUCCUCCCGGAUACGAUUCAGUUGUCGGCGAGCCCGGAUUUACUUCGUGCGUGAAGUAUGACGAGGCUGUUGUAUACAAGAACGAGGCUAUCCGCCCGCUUUAUCUUGUUAUCCUCAAACCCUAG